UCUUGUUUGUGAGGAAAGUUGCAAAAAAUAUACGAAGGUUAUGGCAUUUUUUAUGGAAUAAUUACACAUGAAAAAUGUCGUAGAUUUUGGAAUAAACAUUCGAGAAUAUGGAGAAGUUGAAUUAAGAUCUAAACAGACUGCAUAAAGAUUGACCAUCUGUGGACAUACUAGAUGUCUCUUCGGUGUAAAUGCCGAGAAAAUUGGUGAGUAAAAGACGCAAGAAAAGACCUCGCAACAUGGCAGAAGGUCAAGAUAUAACAAAUGGAGAGAUUUUCCGUGUUGAGGAAAGACCAGAGCAUGGUAUGAAGCUGUUACAGGGCUUGAAUAAAUUAAAGAAUGAUAGAAUUUUAUGUGAUGUUACUUUGAUAGCUGAGAGUCAUAAGUUUGAAGUGCAUCGUGUAAUUCUGGUGUCAUGCUCUGAUUAUUUCCGUUCUAUGUUCACGAGCGGAAUGAGAGAGAGCAAACAGAAGGAGAUAGAGUUGAAAGGAAUCACGGCCAAGGGUCUGGAGAAGGUCAUUGAGGUCAUUUACACCUCAACUACAACUCUGGAGGGCGACGAUAUCUUUGACGUCAUUGCUGCCGCGACACAUCUUCAAGUCACACCAGUUAUAGAAUUCUGUGAACGUAAUUUCCUGAGCGGUAUGACCACGUCGAAUUUUUACGAUUUUAUAAACACCGCCAAGUUGUACAGUAUGAAUAACGCUUUAAAACAGAUCGAUGUUUUCAUAGCGAAAAAUUUAAUGCAAAUAGCAAAAGAAGGAACUCUAAAUCUUUUAACCUAUGAACAAAUGAGUAACUGUUUAAACAGCGAGAAGUUGUUUUUACGCGAGAUUGACAUUUUUCAUAUAACCUGGGAAUGGCUUCGACAGGAUGCAAACCAAGAAGAGCAUGCGUGGCAAUUAAUGAAAUUGAUUAGGUUUCCAUUAAUUAACCCGUCAGACCUAGUACAACAUGUUCAGCGUGUGGAGACAAUGAUGUCGAACCCAGAUCUACGACAAAUGGUAUUAGGUGCGUUAAAUUAUCACGUAGUUCCCCAUUCCCAACCUUUCACAGUAUCAAGUAGUGUACAGUUACGUUCUUACGUGGAGAGGUUAAUAAGUGUCGGGGGUCGCGAGAUUCACCCCAACCCUUGUCUACACGACGGCAUUAUAGUGUUUGAUUCUAAAGUGACCUCAAACAGUCUUCUGAACAGACAAGAGAAGGCAACUCUUCCUAGUGCUUUGAGUCACAUGCAAGUGGUGGUCUAUAAUAAUUUCCUUUAUGUGCUUGGUGGAUGUAUAACACAGUGUGCGCAUGGUGAAUCGGCUGUUAAUUCCGUACUGCGUUAUGACCCAAGAUUUGACAGUUGGUAUCAAGUAUGUCCUAUGUUGAAUAAAAGAGCGUAUUUUUUCGCUGGAGCCUUGAAUAACAAAAUUUAUGCAGUCGGCGGUAAAUUUAAAGAUGGUAGCUUAGCAACAGCCGAAUGUUAUGAUCCCGCAGAAAAUACGUGGGAGUUGAUAACAUCAAUGCCGAUGUCUUAUCAUGCGCAUGCUGGUGCCGUGUUUGAGCGAUACAUUUAUAUAUCUGGAGGAUACAGUGGGAAUCAUUUUACCCCGGACAUGCAGCGAUACGACCCACAAACCAAUCAGUGGGAGGACAUGGCCCCAAUGUUGACCCCAAGAGGUUGGCAUGUGAUGUGCGCGGCACAAGAUAAACUGUUUGUGUUCGGAGGUUGUAAUUUGAAUGUGAAUCAAGCUGCCCAGCCGGUGAUGCAGUCAGAAUGCUAUCAUCCUGCUAUGGACCAAUGGACAAUCAUUGCCCCUUUAUCAAUAUCUCAUAAAGAGGCUUCGUGUGUCGUGUAUAAUGAUCAAAUUUACGUGUUGGGAGGGUAUAAUGUACAAACUAAAACGGGACAAAAAUUGGUAUCUAAGUAUGAUAUUUAUACUGGAAUAUGGGAGACAGUCGGCGCCCUACCCCGCAGUCUAACAGGCGUGGGGUAUUGUACACUA